UGUAGUGAUUAUGGGAUGAUUGACGAUCUAGUGUGCUUCACCAGCGAUGCCGUCACCAGCAGCGUGCCACUAAACAUUGGCCAGGAGGUGACUGCCAUUGUGGAGGAGGAUAAGAUAUCCAAUGGAUUGAAAGCUAUCAGAGUUGAAGCUGUCUCUGAUAAAUGGGAAGAUGACAGCAAAAAUUACUGCGAACUUCCUGAUUCCAGUACCAAGAUUUUGAUUGGCUGUAUCACUUCUCUUGUUGAGGAUGCUGGCUACAUCAAUCAGACAACCUACUUCUCCAUGCAGGAUGUUUGUGAAGGUUUUGAGCCUUGUAAGGGUGAUUGGGUACAAGCUGAAUAUUUCAUUAAGCCAGCAACAUGGAAUAGUGAGGCAAUUUCUGUGAAGCCACUAAGAUACAAACGAGUAGAUCAGGUUUGCAUUUCCAGUCUCUGUGGAAGAAAUGGGGUCAUCGAUGAUAGCAUCUUUUUCACUCUGGAUUCUCUGAGACUUCCUGAAGGCUAUAAACCUCGGAAAUCUGAUCUGGUCAAUGUGGUGGUGGUGGAGAGUAACCAGUCAUGCUAUGUUUGGCGUGCCCUUUGCAUGGCUCCAGUCGACAGAGAAUCUCAUAUCAUCAGUGAAAUUGGAGUUGAUGAGUCAUGUGGAACCCAACUCUUGAAAAACAAAGGAGAUCUUGAAGUUACAAAAAUGACAAAUUUUGGAACCCUAAAAGAGGGAGAAAGUAAAAAUAUGGUCAUCUGGAUAGAGAAUAAAGGAGCUGUGACACAGUACUUAGUCAGCUGCAGGCUAGCUGGCUGGGAAAAAUCUAAACAAUUUCGCUUUCAAACGCUUGAUGCAGAUCAAAGCUGCCCGGUAGUGAUGUCUUCUGUUUCUUCUGUGCCUGUCAAAGAGGGUUGUUCAGAGGAGGAUAAUAGUUCACUCUCUAGCUGUGAUAGAGAGACAACCUGCCGGUCAUUGGAUAGCAGUUCUGUGGACUCCAGUGAACAUUCUCUAGAUGAAGCCAUUAUUGUACCAGGUGAACAUACAUCUACGGGAACAAAUGAACAGAAGGAAAAGGACACGUCAGAGAAGCUGGAUACGGGAUCUGAGCACAGCGGCCAAGUACCAAUCCCCCCAGGCAAAAAGACCUUCAUUGUGAUUGUGUGUGAUGCCAGAAAUCCUGGCCGCUGCAUGGACCUCCUUUUGCUUUGUUUUUCUGACUUCAUUAUUGGGCGGUACAUCGAAGUUAAUGUAGUAAGCGAAGAAGAAUUACUCAUAGCUGUAACAGAGCCAUUUUCUUGGAAAAAGUCUAAAGCCAUUCCAGCUCUGACAUCCCCCAAGACAACAGUGGUGGUGACAACACAGAAAAGGAAUCUAAGAAGACAGCUGCCAAGUUUCCUCCCACAGUAUCCCAUACCAGACAGACUAAAGAGAUGUGUGGAACACCAACUAGACAUACUAACUUUUCAGCCACUGCUUGCAGAGCUGCUGAAUAUGUCCAACUAUAAAGAUAAAUUUUCCACCCUGCUGUGGCUGGAGGAAAUUCAUGCAGAACUGGAAAUCAGAGAGUUCUACAUGAGUGGAGUGAUUCUGAAAAAGAAUGGCAAUUACUUGGUUUUGGAAGUGCCGGGGUUAGCGGAGAGUCGCCCAUCUUUGUAUGCAGGUGACAAAGUGAUUUUAAAAAGCCAGGACUACAACGAGCAUGUUAUCGAGUACAUUGGCUACGUGACCGAGAUUCACGAAGAAGACGUAACCCUUAAACUCAAUCCUGAAUUUGAAGAAGCUUACAACUUUGAGCCGAUGGAUGUCGAGUUCACCUUCAAUCGAACAACCAGCAGAAGAUGUCACUUUGCUGUGGAGCAGGCGAUACACCUGGGAGAGAAAGUACUAUUUCCAGAAAGUAUCAUUCUACAGUCUCCACAAGUUUCUGGGACUUGGAACUACUUGCAAGACACUGCUAGUGAUGAGCAAUCUUCUCUUAACCAAGGAAACAAGAAUAAGAAGAAACUGAAGGAGCCAAAGGAACACGCAACCAAGAAGGGAAGCACCAAUUCCAUUCAUGACAUGGUGACAUUUGCCACGCAGACAAUGAAUGGAGUACGGACCUCAAAAACAAAAGAGGGUGAAUUUUUCAAUCCAGUUCUAAAUGAAAAGCAGAAACUGGCGGUUAGAAGGAUCUUGAGCGGCGACUGCCGACCAAUCCCAUACGUUCUCUUUGGACCUCCGGGAACUGGAAAGACAGUUACCAUAAUAGAAGCUGUUUUACAGAUUCAUUCAACUUUACCAGACAGUCGGAUUCUGGUCUGUGCCCCGUCCAAUAGCGCCACUGACCUAGUUUGCAUGCGGCUGCAUGAGAGCAAAGUGCUUGCCCCAGGUGCCAUGGUGAGAGUGAAUGCCACCUGCAGAUUCGAAGAGACCCUCAGUGACACUGUACGACUCUACUGCAAAGAUGGGGAAGAUGUCUGGAAGGCAUCUCGCUACAGAAUCAUCAUCACCACAUGCAGCAGCUCUGGACUGUUCUACCAGAUUGGAGUGAGAAUCGGACAUUUCACCCACGUUUUUGUGGAUGAAGCAGGACAGGCGAGCGAGCCAGAAUGCCUCAUUCCUCUGGGCUUGGUCUCAGAAAUUAAUGGCCAGAUCGUACUGGCUGGAGACCCCAUGCAGCUUGGCCCGGUCAUCAAGUCCAGGCUUGCUCUUGCCUACGGAUUGAACGUGUCCAUGUUGGAAAGACUCAUGUCUCGCCCAUUAUAUCUGAGAGAUGAAAAUGCCUUUGGUGCUUGUGGAUCCUACAAUCCUCUGUUGGUUACAAAGCUUGUGAAGAACUACAGGUCACAUUCUGCACUGCUUUCCUUGCCCUCUAGACUCUUUUACUAUAAAGAACUGGAAUUCUGUGCUGAUACUGAAGUGGUCAACUCCUUGUUGGGUUGGGAAAAAUUACCCAAGAAAGGCUUCCCUCUGAUUUUCCAUGGCGUGAGGGGCAGCGAGACACGAGAAGGACGCAGUCCCUCGUGGUUCAAUCCUGCUGAAGCCGUUCAGGUCAUGCGCUAUUGCUGCCUCCUCACGAAGCACAUCUCCAGCGUCGUUUCGGUGAUGGACAUUGGCGUGAUCACCCCCUACAGGAAGCAGGUGGAGAAAAUCAGAGUUCUUUUGCGCAAUGUUGAUCUGAUGGAUAUAAAGGUUGGAUCUGUGGAGGAGUUUCAAGGACAGGAAUACUUGGUUAUCAUCAUCUCAACAGUACGGUCAAAUGAAGACAAGUUUGAGGAUGACAGAUUUUUUUUGGGCUUCUUGGCCAACUCAAAAAGAUUUAAUGUUGCCAUCACCAGACCCAAGGCUCUGUUGAUUGUGCUGGGCAACCCUCACAUUCUCGUCAAGGAUCCUUGUUUCAGUGCUUUGCUGGAAUACAGUUUAAGCAAUGGGGCCUACAUAGGCUGUGAUUUACCUCCCGAACUACAGUCCCUACAAGGUCAGGACUAGAGACGGGAUGGGCCUGUGCACGUAUUCUCCACUGUCACUGGGCGGAACGAAUCAUGAGUGUCUCCACCCGCCCCUGCCCUUCCGCCGGCUUGUUUCUGCUUCUCUUUGCCAUCCCCUGCCCACCAGUGCUCAAGCAGCUGGGGCACGGGCAGCCUGAGGAGCACUACAAGCCUCUUCUUGCCCCCUACUGCCCCGGGACACGGACGCAUCACGUCAGAAAUGGACCCCGGAGCUUU